CCUCGGCUCGCUGUUUGGACAGUCGCGCUGUUUGUCAGUCCUCGUCGUGACAGGUGAGACACGGCCGUUUGAAGGAGCUGAGAGACAGAGAGGGAGACAUCGCCAUGACGACCGAAUACCAUGACAACGUCGAAGAUGACAGCAGCUCCUUCUGGAACAAAGAACCAGCUCCUGUCUACUUCUCAGGAGUCUCCAGGUUCAGACGCUGGUUGUUUCCUGCUCUGACGGCGACAGUCAUCCUGAUUCUGAUCAUCGCCCUGGGAGCCAGCAACACGAAGACGGGGAACCGACUCUGGUCGGCGGAGAAAAGUGUUUCCAACCUGACGGAGACGCUGAGCGCCGCGCAGCAGCUCACCAGAGGCGCAGCUAAAGACGUUCACCGCCUCAAGUUCGCUGUGGAGAGCAACAAGGACGAGCUGGCCUCAGUGGCGGAGGCGUUGAAACAGCUGUCCACUCUGGACUCCAUCAGCAGGACGGUCGCCUCGCUGAAAUGUUCCAUCGAACGCAUCCUCCGCAACAGUUCAACAGUGGAAGGCUGCUGUCCUCUGGAUUGGGACAAGUUGGGCUCCAGCUGUUACUUGUUCAGCAAGACAUCUCUGUCCUGGGACGAAGCGAGAGACUGGUGCAACGGACACGAGUCCCACCUGGUCAUCCUCAACACCGACGAGGAGUGGGAGUUUGUGAUUUCUCACAUCAUGGGCACCUUCUACUGGGUGGGUCUGACCGAUGAGAGGACGGGGGAGUGGGAGUGGGUCAACCAGACGCCGUACGUCAUGAACAGAAGGCGCUGGAUGCCCGGUCAGCCCGACAGCUGGACCGAUCACGGUCUGGGCCGCGGGGACGAAGACUGCGCUCACCUGCACUCUCAAGGACGCCUCAACGACCUGCACUGCUCCCAAAGAUGCGCUACAUCUGCCAGGCACACAGCCGGCGCAGCUGAACAGCUCCGUCUCUGUCCAGGCUUCACUUCUGUCCAGGCUCCGCUUCUGUCCAGGCUCCACUUCUGUCCAGGCUUCACUUCUGUCCAGGCUCCGCUUCUGUCCAGACUCCGUCUCUGUCCAGGCUCCGCUUCUGUCCAGGCUCCGCUUCUGUCCAGGCUCCGUCUCUGUCCAGGCUCCGCUUCUGUCCAGGCUCCGCUUCUGUCCAGGCUCCGCAUCUGUCCAGGCUUCGCUUCUGUCCAGGCUCCGCCUCGGUCCAGGCUCUGCUUCUGUCCAGGCUCCGCCUCGGUCCAGGCUCCGCCUCGGUCCAGGCUCUGCUCUACCCAAAUUACACUAAAUAAUUCCAACACAUCAGACCAAUCCGUUUCUGUUGUGUCCACGCCAACGCUGCUCGGGCUGAUGACAUCAUGGCGUCUGGCCAAUGAAUGGAUGAAUAAUCCCGUCUUCUAUAUUUCUCUUCAUGUUCAUACUCAAACCAGUAGUGAGUGUAUCUAAUAACCAGUAUAACCAGUAUAACCAGUUUAACCAGUAUAACCUGUAUCCUGAUAUCCGAUAUAUCAAUAAAAACACAUCACUGAG